AUGUUUUCAUUGAAACCACUUCUACAGUUUCUGAGGAUAAAUUUUAAUCCAGAAACAGAUGCUUCCAGACUCACUUGUGUAGCUGUUUUAAGUGCAACUCAGAAGAAUGACAUGAGUUACGACGAUGUUGAAUGGUGGUUCGUGAGAGUCAACAAAUUGCAGACGGACAUUUACUUGGACGAUGUCCUGGUCCUCACUUUUAACGACGAGCGUAUUCAUGCCAUCGCAGUGGACACGGACACAAAAAUCCUGACCAUCGAGGUGCACAGCAAGUGGGGAAUUCAUGUCGAGGCCUGGUCACUCAACAACCUCUACAACCUCGACGAACGUUGGUUCUUUGCAGAAAAGGACACGGGCAACUACACCAACUACAGACGAUUCGGCCAGCACGUCGCCGUUGAGGUCAACCUCGAGGAGGAGAAGCAGAUCAAGUCAUCCCUGAAACCCGCAACUAAGGCGGUUGACUACACCAUGCGUUCGCUCCAAAGUCUGCAGCACCUGGAUCGAGAGAUGGAAUACACGCACGGGGAGGGGGGCAUGUUAGAUGGGGCCAGCAGCAAUUUCCACAAACUCGUCCUCUUCCUCAAUGUCUACGUCUUCGUGUUUGUUGCAAAGGGAGAUAUAGACGGCUUCUACAUAAACGGAGAAAAGGCUUUCGAUGCAUUUCAAAAAAAUCGCGUGGUUUACAAGUACGUACCUGUCUACUCAGAGACGAUCGGCGUGCACAUGAAGGGGGCCUGCCGGAUAGCCCUCUACAGCACCUACUCCUACCUUAGCUCCAGUACCAGCUGGAAAUGCACGAACGCUCCGCAAGAAGUUGAUUUCUUUCAGCCGUUCAACGAAAAUUUGACUCGCUCGCUGCCCAGAGCGAAGAUGUUUGGAUACGCCACGGAUUACGAUAACAUACCACAAGAUGCUCAGUACAUUGGCAUGGACGCAAACGAGUGCUGGUGCCGGCUGGCACUGCAUGCCGUCCUAAUCCCAGCGUUCGACGGGCUGACCGCCUACGUGGAUGGCUACACCGUGGACGCGAGGAAGGGCGAGGAUUAUUACACGAUCGACGUCAAGAAGGAGGAGAAAUGUUUAGCGGUCGAGGUUAAGAGCAUGCAAUCCAUCCCAGUCUGGUCGAUGGAUCCUACGUUCAGGGCAGACAAGCGAUGGAGAUGCGAGUGCGCCAACAGCCCACCCGACCGCUGGAAGGACGCUGACACUGACCCUCUCACUAUGACCAGAGCUUUUUUAGGACUGUGGGCGGAGCACGCUGAAUUUCCGAGAGUGCCGAACACGGUCAGCGUGUCAGUCGGAUGUCCACUCGAGGACGAGGGCGUAAGACUCUACUGCAGGAUUGAUAAGAGAAGAAGACCCAUUCCUAAGCUGGGCGAGGAAGAUAGAGAAUACAUAGCAAUCAGUGCCGUGAACGGUCAUUUGAAUGGGCUGACCGUCAACAGUGAGUUAAUAUCUGGACCAACGGAACUCGCGAUCAGUCAUGUUACACAUUUCAACUUCACAGCAAAAUCUCUAACUUCCUUCGUAGCUGUCUCGCUGAGCCUCAUCAACCAGAACGAUUCGGCUGCUCUGCUGAUGGCGGGAACCAAACAUACAAACAAACAAACAAACAAAAGAAUAACGGCCUGGACUGGAACGCAGUGGCGGUGCAGCUCUGAUAACAUACCGAAAUUUGAAGGAAUUUCCUCGUUUGCCAUUUUCAUAAGCAGCCUGAAGCUGGUAGAGAACGCUGGUGGUAAAUCGGGGGCUGGCUUAAUGGCCUGCAGAUGUGAAGGGAUGGACGUUGAUAAAUCAAGUGAGCUGAAACCAAACUACGACAGGAAUUAUGAAUUGGUGGCCAUCACAGCGAGUUUGACCAUUGAGGAAGUGUUGGUGGACGGUGUGGCGAAGGAGUUACGAAACAGAAAUAAGUGGGAUAUCGCUGAUUACAUCGUUGUUUCAAAAAAGGCGAAGGUGAUGGCGGUGCACAUCAAAGGAAGGAAGGUUUACCCCAUGCUGAUGGUCCAGAGCAGCAACAAGAGGUUGUCAUCCUUAUAUCACUUUUUUGAGCCAUCGUAA